GUUUGUGUGUGUGUGUUUGAACUCCUUGCGUGUGUGUGUUAAGAAGAGUUUUAUGUGUGUGCACAGUGCUGUGUGUGUGUGUAUUUUUUUUUUUAAGAGGAGCUGAAGUGCAGCCGUUCAUCAGUGGUGCUGACUGCAGUCAGGGGAAUACUCAGAUCUCACAGCGCCGCUUUUCAACUUACUGCCUCUUACAGGACUGUUUUAUUUUUUUAACUCACUGGACUUUUAUUUUGCACCAAACCUGGACUGCACUGCUGCUCUCUUUCGGUCCCACCUUUAUCUUUCACUGGAAUUACCAUUGUCCAUUCUUCCAGAGAUUCUUCUUGGAUUGUAAAAUUUUGUUUUAUUUAUUCUCCUAGUUUCUGGUUUGUCAAUUUCUGCAGUUUGGAUUCCUGGGAUUCUGUGCUUCCAUACUUUAUUGACUUGAGGCAUGUUAAACCUUAAAUGGAAAGCUUCAAAACAAGUAAUGGUGUAAAGGUGUACAUGAACCAUAAGAUUGGUAAUAUUUGCGACAGAGAAAAGUUGUUCAAACAAUGGAAACCAUCAGUGCCACAAGAGGCAUGAUGGGCUCAGGUGGAUGCUGAUCCUGACCUGGAAUGUUCUGAACUGGAUGGGAAGGUCCAUGAGUCCAGGCGGAAUGUUUUUGUCCUGUCUUGGAUGUGAGAGGUAAUCUGUGUCGUCCUUCAUAAGACAGCCAGCGAAUAUAUCAGGAAAACUCUUGAGAAGAAAUAAGUCUGGAAGAGACGCCAACUAGAAGCUUAGAUAACUGGUUCUUUUCAAUUUAGUAAAAUACUUUGUUUGACAGUGAAAGAGAACUGGACAAGAAACAGAUAAAUAAAGCAUCUUUAAAAACAAAUAUUGAGCACUCAAAGCCACCAAACCCAGUAAACCCUAACUAAGAGGUUUUUGUAAAGGGUGCCAAAAUGAUGACCAUGAUGAUGAUGAUGAUGAUGAUGGUCACCUGCAGCUCUCUAUUGCUGCUCGGGAUGGCUGCUGCCUACUCUGCCUCCAGCACUGUGACCCGUGCUUCAUCUUCACCCUCCUCCUCAUCUUCUUCGUCCUCCUCUUCCUCCUCCUCCUCACCACGCAUGAAACUUUCAUACAAAGAACUGCAACAGUACCACGGAGUGCGGCGAUUUGAGCUGGAGCGCUCCUGCUGUUUCAGUGCCAUGUUGCUGGAUGAAGAGAGAGGCCGACUGUUUGUGGGGGCCAAGAACUUUUUGCUGUCACUCUCAUUGGACAACAUUGCCAAACAAGAGCACAAGAUCUAUUGGCCUGCUCCUGUUGACUGGAGAGAGGAGUGUAACUGGGCUGGCAAGGACAUUACUUCUGACUGUGUGAACUAUGUGAAGAUUGUGCACCACUAUAACCGUACCCACCUGUAUGCCUGUGGAACUGGGGCCUUCCACCCUACCUGUGCCUUUGUGGAGGUGGGAAACAGGAUGGAGGACCACGUGUUUAGGAUCGACCCCUCUAAGGUGGAGGACGGUAAAGGGAAGAGUCCAUACGAUCCUCGACAUAAUGCUGCCUCUGUGCUGAUCGGUGAUGAGCUUUAUGCAGGUGUAGCCACAGACUUAAUGGGGCGGGACUUCACCAUCUUCAGGAGUCUGGGGAAACGUCCCUCCAUCCGCACCGAACAGCACGACUCACGCUGGCUCAGUGAACCAAAGUUUGUGGGUUCCUUUUGGGUCCCUGAGAGUGAAAAUCCAGAUGAUGACAAGAUAUUUUUCUUCUUUCGGGAAACAGCAGUUGAAGCUCAGGGUUUGGGAAAGUCCACUUACUCCCGAAUUGGACAGUUGUGCAGGAAUGACAUGGGUGGACAGAGAAGUCUGGUGAACAAGUGGACAACAUUCCUCAAGACCCGUCUGAUUUGCUCAGUACCAGGAGCUGAUGGCAGUGACACGUACUUUGAUGAACUGCGGGAUGUGUUCUUGCUGCAGACAAGGGACAGAAAGAACCCUCUGGUGUACACUGUCUUCUCUACUUCCAGCAGUGUAUUUAAAGGCUCAGCUGUGUGUCUUUAUUCCAUGAAUGACAUCCGGAGGGCCUUCCUGGGGCCCUUUGCACACAAAGAGGGGCCUAACUAUCAAUGGGUCCCUUUCCAGGGAAAAGUACCCUAUCCUCGCCCAGGAAUGUGUCCCAGUAAGACAUUUGGGAGUUUUGAGUCCACAAAAGGUUUCCCAGAUGAUGUGAUCCAGUUUGCACGUCACCACCCUCUGAUGUACAACCCUGUUUACCCCAUGAGUCGACGACCUGUUUUUGUUAGAACCAAUGUGGACUACAGCUUCACACAGAUCGUCGUGGACAGGGUAAACGCUGCGGAUGGACAGUAUGAUGUCAUGUUCAUUGGCACAGACAAGGGGACAGUGCUAAAGGUAAUCAGUGUCCCCAAGGAGAGCUGGAACAACAUGGAAGAACUUUUACUGGAAGAGCUGGAGGUCUUCAAAGAUGCCUCAUCUGUCAUCAACAUGCAGAUCUCUUCCAAAAGGCAACAGCUGUAUGUCGGCUCGGACACAGGAAUCGCUCAAGUCCCUCUUCACCGCUGCAGUGUUUAUGGGAAGGCUUGCGCUGAGUGCUGCCUGGCCCGAGACCCUUACUGCGCUUGGGAUGGAACAUCCUGUACCCGCUACCUGCCAAAUACAAAGAGACGUUUCCGUCGUCAGGAUGUAAGAAACGGUGACCCUAACACCCUUUGCUCAGGAGACCACCACAAGCACCAUGUUGCAGAGAGGAAGCUGUAUGGAGUUGAGGGAAGCAGCACUUUCUUGGAGUGUAUCCCAAAAUCGCUUCAGGCCAGAGUCACCUGGACCUUCCAGAAACAUCCCCAGAACCCCAGAGAAGAGGUACGUCUUGAUGAGCGUAUCCUCCAGACAGACAGGGGCCUCCUCAUUCGCCGGGUCCUGAAGAGGGAUGUUGGUGUUUAUCAGUGCCAUGCUAUGGAGCACGGAUUCACCCAGACACUGCUGGGCAUCACUUUAGAAGUUGUUCCAUCAACAUCUUCCUCCAUCUCAAAUAUACCCUCUGACACCCCUGUCCGAUUAGAUCCUCGCAGCGGAGGUGGUCCCUCAUCGACCAAUCAAAAGCUUUGGUACCGGGACUUCAUGCAGCUUGUGGACCACCCUAACCUCAGCACUGUCGACCAGAUUUGUGAGCAAGUUUGGGCGAGGAAGCAAGCUGGUGCUGACCAGGUGGCAAAGAGUUUUCCUUUACCAGGGAAGGAGAUCCUACCUUUGGGUCCUGCUGUCCGACCAGCCAAUAAGAAGUGGAAACAUCUCCAGGUGAUCAGAAAGGGGAGAAACCGCAGGACCCACGAUGGGAAACCAAGCCCUCGGGCACCUCGCAGUGCAGGGGAGUAAUGAUGAGAAAAAGAUGAAAAAAAAGUAAGGGAGGAGGGUGAAAGAAAGGAACUGAGACUAGAUACUCAUGGAGGUUUUAACGCAUACAUAUACAAACAUAAAGACAUGCACAGACACAAACACAGCACCUCCUGAAUUGUGUUUAUUUAUCGAUGGAUGCCACCACUAUAUGGUACACCAUUCCCAUGAUUCCUCAUCCCUAUGACCAGCUUUCUGCAUGUGCUGCCUUACUGCCCAAACUGAUUCUGCACGAUCCCUUUACACUGCUUCACUAGGAUAGUAAAGUGUGCUAGAAAAUACUUGAGAAGAAAGUCACCCUUAUGAGGAGGCAAUAAACUGACACACACAUUUAAAGCUUUUCUUAAAAGCCAUCUCUGGACAACACCAUUGAUAAACAGUCCCAAAGGUUUGGAUAAACUCACGUCAAGGUAUAACAUUUCUUUAAGUGACUAACAUCUGGACAGAAUGGAGAAAGUGACAACUGGACCAUGAUGCAAAAAUAUUAUCUUUAACUGAAAAAAAACAAUAUUGUUAUUAGUUGUACAUGCAUGCUGCAUUUAAAUUUGUAAGAAACUGAGUAAUUGAACAUGUUUCUGUGUCCCCCCCUUUCCAUUACAACUACUUGCCUUUUGUGCUAAUCGCACAGUAGAGCCAUAUAGACAUGCCAGCACCUGUGGAACACAUUUGUGGUGAAAAUGUUAUACAUUUGCAGCUGUUUCCAUUGACACAUUGAGGUGUGUGAGCAUAAACAACUAACUUAAAUCAAGAGAUGCACUGAUCAGGGUUUUCUGGACAGUUUCCAGUUGGUAGGGUUUUGACCUGGGAGUACCAAUUUUUGCUGAUCCCAAUAUCUUUGUAAAGGUGUGUUUUGAUUAUGAGACCAAGAGGAUUUUUAAUUUGUUUUUUGAGAGCUUAUUUUUCAUAGAAUCCUGAAAUUUAAUAUGAGCAUUUUUACUGUGGAACAGGGAUGUUAGAUGAGCAAAUGAGUGGUAUCUCCUUCCACUGCAGGAGUGUCAACCGAAGUUUUACUCAGUGGCUCAGUAAAAUAAUUGUUCCCAUCUUAGAUUUGAAAGCCAAAAUUUUUAACUGAAAAAAUAUAACAAAUGAUUCUGUCACAGCAGCUACAAAUUGUAACUUUUAUAGAGUCACUACAAAGUCCAUGACAAGGCGUAACUGUUUUAAGCUUCAAAUUUUACACAAACGUCUAUUUUGUAUCACUUUUGAGGCGAAAAAAGUGUAAAGACACCUCUGGUCAGGAUUACUACCUGUUGUUUUAGUCAUAUAUCUGUGGUUAUUUUACAGGGUUAACACUAUGACAAAAUUCUAAUCGCUACAGGGUCAGGGGAAUCUUGCACCAUUCACAGACAUUUCAAAAAUGCCUCAGUGAUCUGCUCAAAGCCAUAACCGUACACAUAUAGCAGUUGCAACAGCUCUUUAUCUCUUAUUUCAGUUUCUAUUUGUGCCACAAAACAUAAAAGGUUUUAAACCAUAAAAAGUACUUUGAAUGAAGGACACAGAUAAUUAAAAUAUAUUACACUUAGAGUUAACUGGAUGUAUGAGCUUUAGAAUAUGUGACCAUUAUAAUGGUACAAUUAUUUUCUUAAACUAGAAUAAAAUAAUUAUGACAUUUUAAACUGGCUUAAUGUGCCUGUGACAUCGAAUGUUUAUGAUAAAUCCAAUUACAUUCAUGGAAAGGAAACAUUAAUAAAAUAUUUCAAAAAGUAGUCAUGCCACUGAUAUCAACAGUUGUUGAAAUAUAUAUGGUCAUACAUUUCACUAAAAAGGCAUUUCCAGACUACUCCUUUGCGAUUUUGUUGAGCUCUUUUAUGACGUCAAAGGGGAACCCCUGCAGGUAAACUGACUGCUGCUACAAUAGCAGCAACACAGACAGCAGCAAAGAAUCUGAUAUUUUUUUAGAUAUAUUUCAGUCACUAUCAGAGAGAGAUGCAGCAGAGUCAGGAGAAGUCAGCUGUCAACAGAUGGAUCUCGCUAUAUUAAUAAAUACAUACAUGUAUUUAUAUAUACAUGUGUAUAUAUUAGCAGUUGUUAACAUUAGAUUAAUUAGAUCAGUUACUGGGUUAACUAAGGUAUUAUAAACGGAGCAAUUCAACAUUAAAUGCACCAAAUUAAGCAACAAAUAUUGCUUUGCUACACUCAGUGUAGUCACCCUUUGUAGAACAAAACAUAGGAAAAUAUCUGAAUGCAUAAAACAAAAAGUGAAGCAUUUUAACUGGUUUAACUUCCAAAUAAUUAGUUGUUUUGGACUUGCUACCGCAUUUAUCUCUCUUUUAUUGCGCGAUCUGCGUAUGGUUCUUGGAGCUCCUCCAGGCUUCGCAGGGGACCGGACCAAACCGGACCGGAGCAGAUACGGCAAAUACGGCAAUGGGUGCAGUAACAACCAGAGGUGAAGUGAGCAUCAUGGAGCAGCAGCAGCAGCAGCAGCAGACACAAGGGAUGAUUCCAGAUCUUAAGACACUACCUGGUGUCAUUUUUGUAACUUUAUAUUAGAAUCUUUAGAGAAACAUUUAUUUAAAUAUGUUGUAUGCAUGUGUAAAUUAUCUUAUUUUUAUAACAAUAAUUUUGGGUUAUUAUUAAUAUUAAUAAUAAUAAAAUAAUAAUUUCGGCUUUGUAAUUAUUAACAAUAACUGGCGAUAUCUAAAUGUACUUUUGCGACAAGGAUGUGUUCUUGCCUGUUGAGCCUUGAUCCGUUUAGCAACAGCAGCAACAUCCCUUAAUUUAAUGAUCUUUUCCCAUUAGAUGCUCUGAACAGCAUGGCUAUAGACUCUGCUUCAACAUUCUCCUUCGCCUGUCAGAUAUCCUGACCUCUGACAUCAUUUUUCAUGUAAAUUCAGAGGUUUCUUGUUCGAAGCAGUUUGACAAAAAGUCCUCUGAUCAACACUGGCUGUGCUUGGUGGGACCAGCUCAUCUGUCACUAGUCAGUUUUCAAGCUCUGAUCCAGGCAGCUCUGAUCCUCUUUACUUCAGGAAAGUAGGACAGACUAAUGACUGCUGUCGUAGUAUCACUGCCACCACCAGCAAUGCACCGUUUCACCAGAUCAACACUGUUCUUAAUGCAUCUUGGCUUCAACAUGAACAGUUUACCAUUGACGCUCACACAAUAAAUGACCGGAGACUUCCCCUUUCACAUCAUUUUCGGGCAACUUUGGACUUGUUAAAUUUAACAACGAACUAUGCUUAUUUUGUGUCACAAUUGUCUUUUAUCACAUAUUCAAUCCCAAUAUAUUGUCAAUUACUGCCCAAUUUCUUCAAUAUAAAGAUGUUUUCUUUCAAUUUCUGCAUUUGUGGGAAAAGUGUCACAGGCACUUAAACAGCUUAACAAGGCAGGGUGAUGACAGUUAGCAUUACAAUAAAAUUCUGUCAAUUUUUUUGAGAAAAUAGAACCACACCUUAACUGUCAGAUAUUCAACAUAUUUCAUGACAGGCAGAGUUUAAAAUUGCCAGUGGACAAUAACAACUUUGCUGUAAUCAAUUUAGUCUUCAUGAUAUCUGCUAAUGCGUAUGUUUCUAUAGGUUGCAUUCUGAAUGGUCAACAGACAUUCAGAAUGUUGAAUAGGUUUUUUUUAAUGGCUUCUUACAACUUUUGUUUUUUCCCUUUCUCUCCUUUUUUCAGUAACAACUUGUGCACUGUAAUUGGUAUUGUCCAUUCACUAAAAGAAAAAAGAUUAAAUUUGGAGUUUCAGACUGA